AGAAACUGGAGUUUUUUGGCCGUUAGGCGGUUGAGACACACGGAAAUCAUUAGCUGUGCAGCGAAGUGAGAAACGAAAAACCGUUCAUUAUAACCUAAAUUUCACCUGUUACUGCGAGAGAGCGAUAAGUCAGCAAAAUGUUGCCCACCAAUGUAAUGACGUUCAUGAAAAAGAUGGUCGCCACAGAUGAGUCGCCAUCCACACAAAAUCAACCCGACGCUGGCGGAACUUUCGGAAAGUUGAAGCAGACACUGUCGUCGUCCUUGCUCACGGCGCAGGAUAGAGUGAACAAAAUGUCACCGCGUCCCUCGUUGGCGCCCACCGAAGACGGCAGCUAUGGCGGUGCGUACCAGCAACAGACCCAGGACACUUAUGCGGCCAAUCAGAACAAUAACAAUAACAACAAUACGACAGGCGGCAGCACCGCAGGAAACUCAUCGAAAAACGAGCCGGGACGACGAGCGGGGGCGUGUCGCGUAUGUUUGAAGUCCUUCAAACCCGACGACUAUCACAAGACCUGCUUCGAAUGUCAGCAGCGUGUGUGCGAAGAUUGCGCCAGCUACAGCAAGCUGGAAGAGAACGAGGAUGCGAACAUGUGGCGCUGCAGUGUGUGCCGACGAAAGAUGGCGUCGCGUGUGUGCAUCCCACAAGACUCAACCGACUCCAUGUUGGACGUGCCCGUGCUGGAAGCGCUGCAACGCCGCCACUCCGACGCCAAGCUCGGCUCAACACAGACAUUGGCACCGGCAAAUGGCACCGCAUUGGCACCGCCACGCAGCCCCGAAUGCCGACGGCAUUCCGACGUAUCACCCGCCUCACUCAAAGAACUCGAAAAGGUAAGCGAUGGUGGACGCAGCAUGGCGCCGAGCCGUUCAUCGAGCCCGCCACGGCAAUCGGACCUGGAUCAGCAGCUACCGUUCGGAGCGCCACUGUCGCGCAUGGCAUCACGGCGGGGAUCGCGUGUGGCGCGCCAACACAGCUAUGAUGAUGACAUGAACACUGGGGGUCUGGGCGCGGCAGCGGCUGGUGCACUGGGCAUGACGGGCGGCGAUCCCGGACUCGGCAUACCAGCAAUGCCAAGAAGGAAAUCCGCUUAUGACGUUUUUGCGCCCAAUCUGCUACAGAGUGCGGCUCCUGCGACAACGCAACUUCAACGAUCACCCGGCGAUGGUAUGUCGCCACAAAUUGCUCUACCCGGUUCGCGGCGACCUUCCUUCCGUGUGCCACAUCCUUCUGAGGAUCUGCAAAACGACGAAUCGCCAAGUCCCGAUAAAGGCAGCCCUGUGCUUACCGUAGAUGAAGACAGACGCAUACGCCGACGUGGAUCACAACUUCCCGAUUUAGCGGCGCUGCAGCAACGCGGUGCAUUACCAACCAAUCUGCCCGCCACAAUACCACCUCCAAUCGCUUCUUUCACCGGACCCAAUUUGGAGGAUCUCGAGGCACCACGACGUCAAACUUCGAUGGAUGGUGAAGCCAUUAAAAUUGUUAUACACGACGUCGAUUCGGGACCUAUUUGCUCAUCGAAGCGUAGAAUUGUAUUACGCAGAGAUCCCACGGACAAGGCACAUCGCACACGUGGCUUUGGUAUGCGUGUCGUUGGCGGCAAAACCGGCGCGGAUGGCCGACUCUUCGCCUACAUUGUGUGGACGGUGCCAGGCGGACCGGCCGAGAAGAACGGGCUACAGCAGGGCGAUAAGAUACUUGAAUGGAAUAGCAUGUCGCUGAUUGAUCGUAGCUUCGAAGAGGUCUGCGCUAUAAUGGACCGUACCGGUGACAUUGUCGAAUUGCUAGUUGAGCACGCCACAGACUUUCGUAUGUGCGAUCUAUUCGAUGAGAACCUACCACCAGGCAAUAGCGGCAAUCAAAGUGGACCACGACGUUCAGGUGACGGUCCAGUUGGACUGGGCUUAAUCGCGGACCCUGAAACAACCACAGACAAAUCACCGGCCUCGCCGACCAGACGGAAAUUACCCAAAACUCCGGAGCAAAUUGCACGCGAGAAGCAAGUAAGUGGGCGCGCACAGCUGCAAGUUUGGUAUAAUGCCGAUCGCAAUGAGCUGGUUGUCUCACUAAUGGCCGCCGAUGAUCUGGCUCUGCGCGAUGAAGCCUACGGACAUGGUAAUCUGCCCGAGGCAUAUGCGAAGGUGCGCAUUUUACCCAAAUGCGGCGAUGGCAGCGUGCAACAGACCGAAGUUAGUCAUCCCACACAGAAUCCCAUUUGGAAUGCAACGCUCACCUUUCAACACAUAAAUGCCGACAGCCUCAUGGAUCGCUACAUUGACAUACAGUUGUGGGAUCUUGUACCCCACACCGAGUCCAUAUUUCUGGGCGAAUGCAGUGUUGAACUGCAGCAGGCCUUUCUCGAUGAUCGUGCCAUAUGGUGUCGACUGGAGGAUCCGAAGGGGCUGCGCGGCAUCAGCAUGUCAAAAUCGCCGAGCGUCUCACCGCGCGGCUCCAUUGCCGCCGGCUGUCCGGGCGGCGAUGUAACACGUCUACUAAGACGCGAUUACAAUAUGCAACGUUCGAUAUCGGACGAUGUCGAUUCGAUCGGCGAUUGUACCUCACUGCUACAUCCCGAUCACGCCUGGGUGGCUGGCUCACGGCGUGGUUCCUCGCAGUCGGAGACGCUCGAGGUCGAAGUAUAUCAAUUGGGUAAAGAUUUUUCACGUUCUUUACCCGGUUCGCGUCGCUCCUCAUUUCAAGAUCCCGACAAGAUACGCGAAGAGGAUGCUAUGCAACCGCCACCAGCUUCGUAUUAUGUUGGCAGACGGCGUUCGUCGGUGGCGCGUCGCGAUCCAGAUGAAAUAUUGAAGUCAUUGAAACAAGUGCGCGGAGAACUCGGACGCGCAAUGAGUUUGGGCACGGAACAACAAAAGCGACCGGGAUCAAGACGCGCUAGUCGUGUGGCCUUGCCGAGCAAUCCGAGCAGUCGCAAGGGCUCCAUACUUGACAUCGCGCAGCAACAGCAGCAGCAGCAACAACAGCAACAGUUACAACAACUACAGGCGCAGCAUCAACAACACUUGCAGCAGCAGCUGCCGUUGGGUAUCGGUAAUGCAACGACCAGUCCACCCUCGGAUGAUGAAGGCAAGCAGUUUACGUCACGCUGGAGGGGCUCCGGCAGCAAUCUGCGUCCACAAAGCGCCAAGCAGGCGUUAUCUAUGCUGAAGCAGGCCUCCUCCGCAACGAAUGUAGCUAUGCAGGGGCAAAGUGGCAGCGGUAGUUUGUUGAGUGUAGGUGCCGACAGCCCCAAGCAGUUGCGCAAAGGCAGCAUGAUUAAUUUAAAGACGGGCGAAACUACGCACGGACCAACAGCUUUGUUGCAGCGCAAAGGUAGCGUAUAUGCACAUACCGCGACGGAGCGCGACACCAGUAGUGUCGGCAGUAGCGGUUCGCCGCAGCGGAAGGGCAGUGCUUAUGUCGGCGUUAGAGCAGCUGGCCACGAGGCUGAGUCGGCGCUGUUGCGCAAAGGUAGCAUCAUGAGUAGUUUAACGUCCACGACUGUGACCACAGUCGCCACAGCGGGUAUUGAUACGGACUAUGGCCUGAAAAUGGGUCCAGGGCAAAUACAUCCAAAAGGUUACCGCCUGACAACCGUGCGACAUGGCGAGCUGAAAAUGGCAUUUGCCAAAAUCAAAGGCACCGUGGAGGUGGAGGUGACAUGCGCACGUAACAUUGUGCCCGAGGAUUGUGAAACACCGCCGGAUACUUAUGUGAAAUGCUACAUCAAGGAUGGCGAUCGGCUGCGGCACAAGAAGAAGACGCGCGUGGUGAGGCACUCGGCCGAGCCCUACUACAAGCAGACGCUCAAGUAUCAGAGUGCUGACGUUUUCGGUCGCAAUAUUGUCAUAAUGGUGUGGCAACGCUGUGUCGGCUUCGAACACAAUCAAGGCUUGGGCGGCACCGAAGUCAAUCUGGAUAAAAUAAAUGCAGCACAACGCAUAGGCGGCUGGUAUCCACUCUUUCCGAUGCAUUCAUUAGGCGGCUCCGAUUCGGAUAAUUCUCCUUGACCGAUCACGCGCACA